AUGGAAGUCGAAAAACUCGCUAGCAUCGGGGAAUCUCUUGGCCUGAGAGGUACGGAGUUACGAUCUUUUAUAGAAGUAGAGCAAAAUCGGGCACGAGAAGAGCGCAUGCUCGAUCGUGAGAGAGUGAAGGAAGAACAAGAGUUGGUUAGGUUGCAAAUGGAGCUAGAGCGUUCGAGAGGUGAGAGAAGCGAGGAAACACUGAAUGAAAGUAGAGUGCAUGUACGAGCACCAAAAUUGCCUACAUUCAGCGAGGAUAGGGAUAAUCUCGAUACGUAUCUUAGCAGAUUUGAGCGAUACGCAUCGGCGCAAUCCUGGCCACAGGCGUCAUGGGCUACUAAUCUGAGCGCGCUUUUGACAGGCAAGGCAUUAGACACGUAUAGUAGACUGAGCGAUACUGAAGCGUUAGAUUACGAUACCCUAAAGAGGGCGCUCUUGAAGAGAUAUGACAUUACUAGUGAAGAGUAUAGGAAAAAAUUGCGAUCAGCAAGGCCGGACUCCGGAGAAAGUGCGAGCCAAUUUGUUUAUCGAAUGAGAGUUUAUCUCAAGAAAUGGUUAAUACUAGGUGGAUAUCAGGAAAAUUUAGAUAAUAUGAAGGAAUUAGUUCUCAUAGAACAGUUUUAUGAUAGUUGUUCAAGAGAAAUGGCGAUGUUCAUAAGAGAGCGCAAACCUCGUAGCUUGGAUGAGCUUUCAGAGAUAGCGGAUCGCUUUAUAGAAGCUCGGGGUGGGUGGCGUUUGACCAAUGUAAGUCACAAACCUCGAACUGAGAACUCACGUCCUGACUUUCGUUCUAAGAUAACAGGUACACCAGAGGCGAGGAAGCAGCCGCCGUCCCAGGACAAACAGACCAACCGACCAAGGCGAGAGGGAUGUUACGUCUGUGGUAGCAAAGGACAUUUCGCUCGGAACUGCAAUGAGAAGAGACAGGGAAGGCUUGCUGCUGGCAUGGUAGAGUUGGCAGAACCACAAGGGUCAUCGGGACGCGGCUACGCUGGUCUGGGACCACAGCCCCUGAUGUCGUCGUAUGGGACGGCCGAGAUGCAGACUAGGACAGAGGUAGAGAGAGGGGAUCACCACACUGAGGAGAGUAACUUCACUCUUGAUAUAGGUGAGGCAGCAUGUCUGUUAAUUGAUUCAUGUAUCCCGUGCCUUGAAGCAGGCAGGGCAAACCGGUCUCAGGAGCAAGAUUUACCGGUAGUGAGUGUGGCAUGUGAGGCAAAGUCUGUGCGUUCAAUGCCAGUUGUCCGAGGUCUUGUUAAUGGAGUUUUAGUGGAAACCCUCCGAGAUAGUGGAAGCACAGCUGCCCUGGUAAAAGAGAAGUUAGUAAAACCUGGUCAAAUGACGGGGAAACAGCGACUGUGCCUAUUGAUUGAUAGGACGGUUAGGAGAUUCCCACUGGCGCGUAUACAUGUAGAUACCCCCUACUUUACUGGGGAAUUGGAAGUUCUGUGUGUUAGUAAUCCAAUUUACCCUUUGAUUUUAGGCAACUUAGAUGGAGUCAGAAAUGCUAGCGAUCCUGACUUAGAUUGGAAACCACCAGAGCAAGGGACCAUAUCUUAUGCAUUGGCAGCAGAGACCAGACAACAAGCCAGAGAGAGAUGGAAACCUAUAAAAGGAUUGAAAGUACCUGGACAGUUGACCGAGGUAACUCCAGAUGGAUUUAGGAAAGCACAGGAAGCUGACAAGACACUGGAUAAGAUUAGACAACGGGUUGCGGCUGAAGAGGUCAAGGUAAGCCGUAAUGGGAAUAAGUCUUCGUUCAAGAUGUUGAAUGGUGUGCUCUACCGUGAAUUUCAAGACUCAAGGGCAGCAGCCGACGUCAAUACUCAGUUAAUAGUUCCGCAGCCAUUAAGGAAGCAGGUUCUAAAGCUGGCCCAUGAGUCAGUCAUGGGUGGACACUUAGGAGCGAGCAAGACGGGUGACCGGAUCUUAGCAAAUUUCUUCUGGCCGGGGAUGCACCAUGAUGUAAAGUUGUUCUGCAGGUCAUGUGAUUCUUGCCAGCGUUCUUUUCCCAAAGGGAAGGUGACAAAGGUGCCCCUCGGCUCAACACCGCUAAUCGAUGAGCCGUUUCAUCGCGUCGCAGUAGACAUAGUUGGCCCGAUUGCUCCAAUCUCGUCGAAAGGAAAUCGAUAUAUCCUCACCCUCGUAGAUUAUGCGACGCGGUAUCCGGAGGCAGUGCCCCUUAGGAAUAUUGAUACAUCCAGUGUAGCGGAGGCACUGUUGAGUAUAUUUUCACGAGUGGGCUUUCCGAAAGAAAUGCUCACGGACAGGGGUUCACAGUUCACCUCCGGUGUCAUGAAGGAGGUGUCUCGUCUACUGUCUUUAAGGCAUAUCAUGACUACCCCCUACCAUCCUCAAUGUAAUGGUCUCGUGGAGAAGUUCAAUGGUACACUGAAGAGGAUGCUAGUGAAGAUGUGCGAAGAACGCCCCAAAGACUGGGACCGGUACAUUGAUUCUUUGCUGUUUGCAUACCGGGAGACACCCCAAUCUAGCACCGGCUUCGCACCUUUUGAGCUCUUAUACGGACGGGUGGUCAGGGGACCACUGUUGAUACUACGUGAGUUAUGGACAAAGGACUUUGAUCAUCCUGAAACCAAGAGCACCUACCAAUUCGUUUUGGAUCUAAAGGAGAAGAUGGAAAAGACCUGCGAGAUUGCUCAACGAGAACUACACAAAUCGCAUGAGAAAUACAGGAAGAGCUACAAUAGAAAAGCAAAGAAACGCUCAUUUAAAGUAGGUGAUGAGGUAUUGGUUCUUCUUCCGACUGACCAUAACAAACUUCUCAUGCACUGGAAGGGUCCAUUCCGCAUUGUCCAGACCCAAGGACCUUUUGAUUACAGAGUUGAUUUGGGUAAGAGAGUGGCAACCCUCCAUGCCAACCUCCUCAAGCAGUAUCUACGACGUGAAGCUGAGGAACCAGAGCAGACGAAUGCGGCUGUGGUGGACUUGGUUGCGACCUCAGUUAUUGAGGACGAGGAUGACUCAGAGGUUGGUGGGAACAACAAUGGUAAAGGUACUGGCAAGAUUAUAUCAUCGCCUAGCCCUCUACUACCCCUUCCCAGUUUGCACAGAACGCAAACAUACUCAGAUGUUCAAGUAUCUAAGGAACUUUCUGAUGUGCAGCACAGACAAGUGUCCUCCCUUCUUCGAGAAUUUGAUGACAUACUCACUGAUGUCCCAAGUCUUAGUACAGCUGGACAUCAUGACAUCCAGCUCAUCCAUGACGUGCCAGUGAAAAGCCGACCUUAUCCAUUGCCUCAUGCUAAAAGGCAAACCGUCAAAGAUGAGAUAAGGGAGAUGUUGGCUCUCGGAGUGAUUGAACCAUCCUGCUCUCCUUACGCUUCUCCAAUCGUCUUGAUAAGCAAAAAGGAUGGUAGUGUUAGGUUUUGUUGCGAUUUUAGGAAAAUAAACGCCAUCACUGUCCCAGAUGCAGAGCCGAUACCGGACCAAGAGGAAAUAUUCGCCAAACUCGCAAAUGACAACUUCUUUACCAAGGUCGAUCUUACCAAGGGGUAUUGGCAAGUGCCGCUAACGGAGCAGGCAAAGCCAAUAACUGCCUUUGUAACCCCCGAUGGACUUUAUCAGUUUACGUCCAUGCCAUUCGGGUUGAUGAAUGCACCCGCCAGCUUCAGUCGCUUGAUGAGAACAGUCCUCAGGGGUCUUGAAUUUGUCGACAAUUUCAUUGACGACAUCCUCGUGCACACACCUACCUGGGAUCAACACAUAGAAGCUCUGCGAUCUCUGAUGGUAAGACUGAGGGAGUCGAACCUCAAGGCAAAACCAAAGAAGUGUUUUGUUGGAUUUGCAAAAGUCGACUUCUUAGGACACCAGCUGAGUAGAGGGUAUCUCAGACCACUCCACAACAAAGUAGAAGACAUUCAGACGGCUCCAAGGCCAACUACGAAGAAAGAGCUACGGUCGUUUUUGGGAUUGGCCGGCUACUACAGGAAGUUUGUUCCCCACUUCGCUUCAACUGCUGUCCCUCUAACUGACCUGCUGAAGAAGGGGAAACCAAACAUGCUUGACUGGGACGAGGUACAUGAGAACGCGUUCACCAGUCUGAAGGUGAUGUUGACCAAAGAACCCAUUCUUCACUUGCCUGAUGUGAACAGACAGUUCAUCUUGAGGACCGAUGCAUCAAACAAAGGAGUCGGGGCAGUUCUCCUACAAGAAUUUGAUGGAGAGAAGUUCCCGAUAGCAUAUGCUAGUAAGAAGUUACUAGUUCGGGAACAAGCCUAUUCGACAAUCGAGAAAGAAUGUCUUGCGGUUGUUUGGGCUGUGCUUAAAUUCGAGACCUUUCUCUUUGGUAGAGAAUUCAUACUCGAAGUCGACCACCAGCCCUUGUUGGCAAUUCAGAAAUCUAAAGUAGCUAAUGGGCGAAUCCUUCGUUGGGCGUUGGCUCUCCAACAGUACAAGUUCAGAGUCGAAGCCAUCAAGGGGCAAGAAAAUGUUGGCGCAGACUAUCUGAGUAGGGUGUAG